AUGCGGGAUGUUAUGAAGAUGAUUGCAGACACGACACAUUGCUAUGACCAACAGCCCCUUGACAUCUGCACUCCAUACAAUGAAAACGACACCGAGAUUGUGCGGGGUUUAAUCAACUGCACCAGCUACGACCCUGAAUAUAAAGUUCUCGCCCUGGCACUUGCGCUCAAUGCUUCUGUGGCAGCAACUCUUUCAGAAGAAGACCGCAACGAAAGUUUCGCCAUUACAGAGUUUAUUGUACGGUGGUGCUCCAAUGGGUAUGCUCUACCAAGCAAUAUUUUCAACUACACAUGCGAGCAGUACUUGGCUAUGGUUCCAGUUACCUGUGACACUCCGGUUACAUUGAGCGUUCCUGAUAUCAACGGCUUGGGGACGUGCGCUGAGCGAAACAAGAUCGCAAAUCACUGCAUGGAAGGAGACAACAUCACCUGGCAAACUUUUCAGGAUCUGCUUGGCUUAGUACGGUGUAUCUACUUUAGCAUUGUACCAAGCCUUCCAUUUCCGGAUGAUUGAAGAACUUACAAGAAACCAAUCGAAAGGCAUGCGAUGCAUGGUAUCUUGGACUGCUACAAACGUAGUCAGAUGUCGCUUAACUAAAUAAAGUGCACAAGUUUUA